GUAAAGCUGCUAGCUGGCUGGAUGCAGGGAUUUUCUGUCUGAAUUAUAUAGAAGCAGGCAGAUCAUGUUAACGAUUCGGGAUAAAUAAUCAUGUAUGUAGCAUGGAGUGAUUAUUAAAGAGUCCGGUGCAUUCCUGUUCAAUUUAUUCUACCUUUCAAGUGUGCUGUCUGUGCAAAUAACGGCUUGCUUCUCUCUCGGACGACUGGACUUGGCUCCAAAUAUCAGUGUCUGUCUUGCAGAGAUUUCAUGAUGGCAGACAGUAUCAUGAGCAAGGCUGCUACUAUGGAGAUCCCCAUUAACAGCAAUGGAGACACAGGGACUCUCCCAGAGGAUGACAGCCUGGAGCAGGACCUGCAGCAGGUGAUGGUGUCUGGACCCAACCUGAAUGAAACCAGCAUUGUCUCAGGAGGUUAUGGAGGACCUGCAGGGGGCAUCAUUCCAACCAGCACCAUCAAAGGGCCUGCAAUUCGCUUCAACCCUGAGUAUCUGGACAGAAGAAGAGCCCCUGCAUCAGCACCAGACAUUCGCAUGAAAUCCCGGAGUGCUAACUUGCCUAACAGUCAAUCCUCAGCCAGCCGACUUGCCCAACACACAGACCAGCACCCAGGGUCAGCAAACCAUAACACUAAUUCAACUGAAGAAGUUUCACGUGGCGUGGCAGUGGAGAAAUUGGACAGUGUAAAGAAAUGGGGCAUUAACACAUAUAAGUGCACAAAGCAGAUGUUCUCGGAGAGGUUUGGCCGAGGCUCACGAACGGUAGACCUGGAACUCGAGGCUCAGAUCGACGUCUUAAGAGAUACCAAGAGCAAGUACGAAAACAUCCUAAGUCUGGCCACUGCACUCAUCAGUCAUUUUCAAAGCAUGGUGCAGACGCAACAGGCUCUAGGAGACACAUUCACCGACCUAAGUCAGAAGUCCCCGGAGUUACAGGAUGAGUUUGGGUAUAAUGCAGAAACACAAAAGCUGUUGUGUAAGAAUGGUGAGGCUCUGCUUGGUGCCAUCAACUUCUUUGUGUCUAGUGUCAACACCCUGGUCAACAAAACAAUGGAAGAUACUUUGAUGACCAUUAGGCUGUAUGAAAAUGCAAGACUUGAGUUUGAUGCCUAUCGUUCUGAUCUGGAAGAGCUGAGUUUGGGUCCGAGGGAUGCCGCUGCCAUGGUCCGAAUUGAGAUGGCUCAGCAUGACUACCAGGUCCACAGAGACAAAUAUGAACGGCUGCGCAGUGAUGUCACCAUCAAGCUUAAAUUCCUGGAGGAAAACAAGGUGAAAGUGAUGCACAAGCAGCUGCUUCUCUUCCAUAAUGCAAUCUCAGCUUACUUUGCUGGCAACCAGCAGCAGUUGGAACAAACUCUAAUACAAUUCAAUGUCAAGUUAAAGCCCCCUGGAUCAGACAAGCCGUCCUGGCUGGAGGAACAGUAAUGAGCACCCAGGCUUCAGCUAUCUGAGAUGUACAGUGACACGCUGGUCAGUGAAAACUCGACAUUGUGGUUAGGUGGACAAGAAUUAAAGGCAUAAAAGAGUAUAUUGUAGGAUCAGUAGCAGAAAGAGAUAUCUCUUUUGUAAUGUUUUUCUGUAUCAUUUAUUACAUAGAUGGAACAACUAUUUCAGUUGUAUUUAGGAUUUUUUGUUAUAUCACAAAAUCACCUUUUGUUACUUUCUUAUUCUUUUGUUAGUACAAUCAUUUACAUGUAUAUCACUUGUUACGUACAGAAUAGUCGACUGUUGUGGAGAUUCCCCUUGGCAGUUUUGCACAUGCAUAAUUUUGCUGUUGUUUAAUAGUGUCUGAAGUUAUCUUUAAUAUUUCAGUGUUUAUCGAAUGGGAGGAAUUCCACAAAUCAGAUUUGCAAGUAAGUGGGACACUGCUUAAAAUGUUAUGAAAUAUUCUCUGAAAUUGUAUUUAUUUUCUUUAUGCAUGCCCAACCAUUUUCUUCAACUUAUGUUUAGCAGAUUUAGGUCAAAGACAUUGGGAUAUAACAUAAUUUUAGAAACCGUCCCACUAUCUUUCUUCUGUCUCUUUGUGGAAUACCUGCCUGAAUGGUCAGUCUACAGUUUACACAGAAGGGAGCAUAUGUGUAUAUAUAUAUAUA